AUGGAGGUUCCCAGUGCAGUGCCUGGCGAGUUUCACUGUGCUGCAUCUGGUGAGACCUUCAGCACCGCCGCGGAGCUUCGCGCGCACUACAAGUCCGAGCGAUAUGUGUACAACAUGAAGCGAAAGCUGAACGGUUUGAAGCCCAUUUCGCAAGAAGCUUGGGAGCGCAAGCUUCGAGAACGAGAGGGUGGUGAGAACACCAAAGGAACCGCGCACCUAAAAGCGGGAAAGGCACACCGCAAGCCAGCCGAAGGGCCGACAGCUGCAGGCUACCCGGCCGACUCUGUGAGUCCAGCUGUGGCCAAAGAAGAGGAGGAGGUGCCAGCGACCUUCUCUCCUCUCCAAUGCCUCUUUGACCGGCGACACUUCAAGUCGGUAGAGGAGAACUUGGCUUACAUGUGGAAGACCUACAGCUUCUUCAUCCCUGACCGGGAGUACUGCGUGAACGUGGAGGGCCUGCUGGAGCAUCUGUGGAAGAAGAUCAACGAAGAGUUCACCUGCAUCUUCUGCAACCGCAGAUUUCCAGAUGCUGCCAGCACCCGUCGACACAUGCGGGACAAGGCGCACACCAGGAUCGGCACCGAAGCAAGAACUCGGCGAGGCAAUCGUGACGAGCUCGGCUCACAGGAGUUAGAAGCAGAGCUGGAGACGUUCUAUGAUUUCACCGGCUCUACCCGUGAGAUCACGGAGCGAAUCACGGACCCCGAGCAACGAGCGGCGUCUGUUUUCCGCUACUUCGACGAAGAUCGAGACGGCUACCUCAAUCACGAGGAGCUGUCCGAGCUGUGGAAGGCUACUUCCACGGAGGGCGGCGAGCUCUCAGCAUCGAUGUUCAAAGCUGCCUGCCAGCAGGCAAAUGCAGACCCCAGGCAAGGUCUCAGCGUGGAGGCAUUGGGUCAGCUCUAUGUCGAAGGCUUUGCUGACCUCGAGCGUCACUUUGCCAUACUCGAGGAGCUGCUCGCCAAAAAGCUCUCCUCCAGGAAGGCAGUCCUCCAAGCGAAGAGAAUCAAGCAGGAGGCCUCCAAGGAGUUGGAGGAGGAGGAUGACGAGGCUGAGGACUCUGAGGAGGAGGAGGAUGAUGAUAGCGAGGAUGACGAUAGUUCUGGAACUGAGAUCGUCGAGUGUGAUGACGAGGCGGAAUUUGAGGAGGUCAUGCGAAUUCUGGGGCUGCAGCAAGCGACUGUUCUCGACAAUGGUGACUUGAGGUUGCCGAACGGGAUGCUUGCAGCCAACAGGGACGUUGCUCAUAUUUGGCGGCAAAGAGGAACUCGAAACGGCCAACUCGUCGCUAGCGGAGGCCGGCUUGGUGGCAAGAGUGUGAGGGCCCAUCUCAUGCUAGCCAACGAUGCCUCGGGCAAGGUUGAGCUGACUCGAAGGCAACAGCAGCGAGAAGGCAAGCGAGUCAUUGCCGUCUUGCGCGAGAAGCAGAAGCAGGAGAUGAGACUUGGCAUGCAGAUGAACACCGCAUUGAAAGGAAAGCCGAAGAAGUUCCGGACACUGAUGGGCGAUGCUUCAGGCUGCGGACUGGGCGGACGCGACCUGGAGGACAUCCAGGGCUUUGGCUUCAUGCUGUCCUUCCUUUCCGCGGAUGGUUCAAACAAUGCAGCCUUCCAGGAGGGUCCGUUCGAGUUGCAGAUCCUGGCCAUCAGCACCUACUGA